CUCUGCUUAAAGAAAAAUAGAUAAGUUCAGGAACACCCCAGGGUCUGAAUUAAAAACUCAAACUCGUGAAUAACCUAAAAUCGCAAGAUAAACAUGCCAGCAGGUAGCAGAUCCUCCAUGGCUGAAGAACAAGAAGAAGUGUUUGUACAUCUAAAAUGCCCACAACAACAACAACAACAACAACAACAACAAGAAAAUGAAAAUGAUGAAGAGACUCAUAAUAUAUCAACAAAAGAUGUUAAAAAUUGGAACUUUUCAUCAAUCCUUCAACACCCAAUAAUUAUUAUUCAUGCUCACAAACACACCCUUGUUCAACAUUCAACUUAUUUCCAUGCUCUCCUUGCUGAACAAUACUUCAGUGAUCCAGACUUUGAAGUGUUAGUUAAGUGGAAUCAGACAGCAUUUGUAAUUCUUGUGGCUUCAUUGUUUGGUUAUCCGCUCGAGUUUACCUCGGAAAAUUUUCUUCCGAUUUUCGAGGGUGCACUUUAUUUUGGUAUGGAUAUGAUUCUCUCAGAAUGUAAGACGUGGCUGACUAAUGCCAUGUUGGUAAAUGAAGUUCCUUCGGUACAACUUAAGGAUCUUGUCAAUAUCUGGGAAUUUGGGUCUGAAAUUGGUGACUAUAUUCCCGAACUAUGUACAAGCUAUCUUGCUAAAAACUUUAUUUGGGCGAUGUCCUGUAGUUCUUUUGAUGAUGUUUCACAUGAUUUGUUGCGUUCUACUAUAAAGCAUCCCUAUUUAACUGUUGAUAGUGAAAAACAGCUUUGUGAUGCGAUUCUGGCUUGGAUUACUGCCAACAAACAACAGUGUACUGAAGAUGUUUGUAUCAACCUUCUCAAGCAGAUCCGUAUCAGUCUUCUGCCACUGUGGUAUGCUGCUGGAAAAUACAACCAUCCCUCCUUAUCCAUUUGUUUCACUGAAAGCUCCCGUGGAGCCGUUAGCCUUCUGAAACAACCUUUAGGUCGUUGUAUGGAUGCACUUGGAGAUGUUGACUUGCUAAUUUUUAGAAUUCGUUUGUCGGAGUUCACUCAGCGAGUGGAUCUCUCAGGUUGUCCACAGAUAAAACUAGGGAUUCUUCUCUUGUCCAUAAUUCCAUAUUCCAUUAGCUUUGAACCCAUGUGGAAACAAAGAGUUGAACAGCUUUAUAUGAAUCAUGGACGUCUCAGUGGGAAUGCUUUUAGUAAUUCAUACGAGAUUUUCCCAAAAUUGACCUUUGAAGCAGUGCGUGAGAUUGAUAUCUCCAAUUGUCCCAUGCUACAUCUUGAGAUUGCCAUUGAGUGCUUCAGCAAGUCAUUUCCUUCCUUGAAAAUGUUGAAAGCAGUCAAUCAUUUGGACUUCAGGACGGCAAAAUUAAUGCUGCUGAUGAAGAGAUGUCCGUUACUUUGUGAUAUUGACUUAAGUGUCGAUGUCCCUCCAACAAUCCCAACAAAAGUCUCAGUUUUAUCCUCAUUUGGGUCUUUUGACUAUGCUGGUCCAUCUUUGCAUGUUCCCUGGCCUUAUAUGUCCAGACCAUCACCAUCCAGUAUUACAAAGCUCACAAUCGAGGGACGAAAUGAUUUUAAUGAUUUUGAUCUACGGAGCAUAUCUGAUAUCUGUGUUUCCUUAACUUACCUAAACCUUAAAGGCUGUACCUCAGUGAGUGAUGCUGGCAUAUCUUCUCUUAUAUCCAAAUGUUUGAAGUUAAACUCCAUUGUGGCAUGUGAUACGUUUUUUGGAGAACAAUCAGUUCUGGCUCUAUGCUUUUCAAAUACUUGUUCUGAUCAUGUCACAACAGAACAUACUGGAAAGAACAUUCCCUGGGGUUCCAAUCUUAAAUUGCUAUGUAUGGGUGGCUGCAAAGGGGUCACCAUGGCUACUUUUUCCAAGCUUAUGUCUCAAGCAUACAUGCUAAAGCACCUGUCUUUGAGAGAAACUCAAGUGGUUGAUGGUGGCCUUUUAAGUUUUUGUGGGUCUUUAUUGGAGGUGCUUGAUGUUUCCAAUAGCAAGGUUUCUGUUGCUGCUCUAGCUCAUGUCAUUAGCAGAAAUCCUGGUUUGAAAUGUCUAAAUGUAAGAGGAUGUUGCAAUUUGCUUCAGGAAGAUUGUAAACCCGAUGGAGACGAAAUUUCUAGCAGUGUCAUUUACAUGGAGCUUGGGAAGUCUUGCAAAUUAGAUGAAUUUAGUGUUGGAUGGGGAUUUUCAUAUUUGUCCCUCGAGACUUUGAAGCCUGCCAUUUCAUUGCUUAAGACAAUAGAAGUGGGCUUAGGUGGAUCAUUAGGUCAGGACGGGCUGAAAUGGCUACCUGUAAUUUGUCCUUUACUGGAAUCGGUAGUCCUGUAUUAUCAGGUGAUCUCUGAUGAUCUCAUAGUAAAUAUGAUGGAAUCUCUAAGAAACCUCAAAUCUUUUUCGCUGUGCCAUUGUCUUGGUGAGACAUCUUUCCUGAGUUUUAAAGUCAGUAUGCCAAACUUGAAAAAUUUGAGACUUGAAAGGGUAGCAUCACGGAUGAACAAUGCUGAUUUGAUUAGCCUAACUCAAAAUUGUGCAAACUUGACUGCACUGUCACUGGUGGGAUGCAGACUUCUGAAUUCAGAAUCACAAAAGAUCAUAUCAAGUGGUUGGCCAGCCUUGAUCUCUAUCCAUCUAGAGGAAUGUGGAGAAGUGACCAGCAACGGUGUUGUUUCUUUCUUCGAGUGCCAUGCCCUUGAAGACGUCUUGUUGCGCCACAACGGUUCUGGGAUUCAGAAAAGUUUUGUUACUGAUGCUGUAAUGAAGUUGCCAAUGCUACGAAAAAUAUCUCUUGAUAUAUGUGAUGCAAAGGAUAGAGACUUUGACAUUCCUGAGUUUGCUGAAAGGCAUUUCUUAAGCCAUGUGAAAAUAGCAAGAUGUAAAUCUCAGAGAUGCUCUUUCAACCCGGACCAUGUCAUGGCACCCAGGCCGUCAAUACACAGAGAAACAUUGGUUCUAGUGUGGGAUAGCAAACAGUUGACCAAAACCGUAGUCAAAGAAAGAUUGUAGCAUUCUAGAGAAAAAAAAAGUGAUGUGCGGUUGUUAUCAACUUAAUGAGCUGACUUCUUACGCAAAGUUUCCCAAUUCUUCACUAUUGAAAAUCUAUUGGUGUAUGUAUAAUUUGUAAAUCCAACUUUAUUCACAAAAUACAUACUUCGUAAAUGUUUGGAAAUCA